UUGAACUCAAUUACCCAUGAUGCACCGGCAGCACCAGCUGAGUGGGCGCAGUGGGCUGGAUUUUUUUUUUUGCCUGGCAAGUAUAUAUAGGUUCUGUGUUUACUGUUAGCUAGUUAGAGCUCUUUGUUUUUGUCAUCACCUGAAAGUCAAAAUGUCCCGACUAUAUUACAGCCUACAUUGUUUGCCAUAACUCUUCGAGGGCAGAUAUUGUAAAAGAUAUUGAUAAACUAUUUCAGGAUAGAGAUUUAUCUUUGUCCAUACUUUUUUUUCUGUUUUGUUUUGUCCACUUAUAACUGAAGAGGAAGCUUCAUCUGGAAACGUCUGCGCAAGGUCAUCUUAAGGUUUAAAAAAAAGGUCUACGUUGAACAUUGCAGCCAUGGUGUUGAUUCUGGGAAGAAGGUUGAACAGGGAGGACUCUGGGAUCAAAGACUCACCAGCUGUUAAACGCAAGGUGUUCGAGGUUGACUCCAAAACCUUAGGCAGCCAGGAUGUCUUUGACUUCUGCUCUGGCUCAUCCCACUCAGAGGGCAUCCUGCAGGUAUUCAAUGAGUUUCGCGACUGCCGCCUGUUCACUGAUGUUAUCAUCAGUGUGCAGGGUCGUGAGUUCCCCUGCCAUCGUGCUGUGCUCUCUGCCUGCUCCUCCUACUUCAGAGCCAUGUUCUGCAACGAUCACCGCGAGAGCCGCGAGAUGCUGGUCGAGAUCAACGGCAUCCUGGCUGAGGCCAUGGACUCCUUCCUCACCUAUGUUUACACCGGCCGCGCCAAAAUCACCACAGAGAAUGUCCAGUUCCUCUUCGAAACAUCAAGUCUCUUCCAGAUCUACACACUGCGUGAUGCCUGUGCCAAGUUCCUGGAGGAUCAGUUGGACCCUUGCAACUGCCUGGGAAUCCAGCGCUUUGCAGAUGCCCAUUCCCUGAAGCAGCUAGCCAGCCGCUGCCGCAGUUUUGCCCUGGCCAGCUUCUCGGAGGUGGCUCAGCAUGAGGAGUUCCUCGACUUACGCAAAGAAGAGCUGGAAGAGUACACUGAAAGUGAUGAGCUGUCCAUUGGUAAGGAGGAGGUGGUGUUUGAGGCGGUGAUGAGAUGGGUGUACCACAAUGUGGAACUCAGGAAGCCCAUGCUGAAGGACCUGCUGCACCAUGUGCGCCUGCCCCUUCUGCACCCCAACUACUUUGUCCAGACAGUGGAGGGAGACCAUCUCAUCCAGAAUGCACCAGAGUGCUACCAGCUGCUCCACGAGGCCAGACGCUACCACGUGCUUGGAAAUGAAAUGAUGUCACCCAGAACUCGUCCACGCAGGACGACUGGCUAUUCUGAGGUCAUCGUUGUGGUGGGGGGUUGUGAGAGAGUAGGGGGGUUCAACCUGCCCUACACUGAAUGCUAUGAUCCAGUCACAGGAGAGUGGAAAUCACUGGCCAAACUACCUGAGUUCACCAAGUCAGAGUAUGCUGUCUGCGCCCUCCGCAAUGACAUCCUCGUGUCAGGUGGUCGUAUCAACAGCAGAGAUGUGUGGAUGUACAACUCCCAGCUCAACCUGUGGAUCAGAGUGGCUUCUCUUAACAAGGGCCGCUGGAGACACAAGAUGGGCGUUCUACUGGGCAAGGUCUAUGCUGUAGGUGGCUAUGAUGGGCAGAGCCGCCUGAGCAGUGUGGAGUGUUACGACUCCUUCUCUAACCGCUGGACAGAGGUGGCUCCCAUGAAAGAGGCGGUCAGCUCUCCGGCCGUGGCCAGCUGUGCUGGAAAGCUCUUUGUCAUUGGAGGAGGGCCUGACGAUGACACUUGCUCAGACAAGGUUCAGUGCUUUGAUCCUGAGUCAAACUCUUGGUUACUGCGGGCCAACAUCCCCAUCGCCAAGCGCUGUAUCACAGCAGUGUCCCUCAACAAUCUGAUCUAUGUGUGCGGUGGCCUCACCAAGUCCAUAUUCUGCUACGACCCCGCAGAGGACUACUGGAUACAUGUGGUUCACACCUUCAACAAACAGGAGAGCUGUGGCAUGUCAGUGUGCAACGGCAAGAUCUUCAUCCUUGGCGGCAGAGGGGAGAACGGCGAAGCAACAGACACGAUCCUGUGUUACGACCCUUCUUCAGGCAUCAUCACAGGAGUGGCCGCCAUGCCUCGGCCGAUCUCCUACCACGGCUGUGUAACCAUCCACCGCUACAACGACAAGUACCACAAGCCCUGACCAUGAAAGAGCACACAGACAGACACACGCACUCAAGAACUUCUCUUCUUUGAAACUACAUCUCUUCAAGUUUACCCCAACACACUUCUUUUUAGGCACAUUAAGAAGCUCAGUCCACGGUGAGAUUGAGCUCAUUUAUUUCCUCGCAGCAUCAUGUAGCAAUACUCCUUAUGGUGCUGUGAAUCUUAUGCUGUUGUGUACCAUAGUUAUAGCCCGUCUGUGGAAAUGCCCAGUGGUUGAUAAUAUUAUUGACUUGUCUGUAACCCGAGCUAAAGUGGAGUCAGAUCAACAUGGCUGAUGUGCCUUGUAUUAGCAGUAACUGCACAAGGUUGGGAGGUAAGGCCACAAUCAUUGAUCAUUUAAGACAGAUGUAAAGGGAACUGAUUAUGAUAAUGUUAAAAAUACACACAUGAUUAAUGAUUCAUUCUUAACGUUAGGAUUACAUAUCUGUGGUAACAAUAUUCUGAAAUCAAUCACUCAUAAACUGAGCUUUUCACAGAGGUUUUACCCAUAUCCCAUCAAGUUUACUGAAAAAAAAACCAUAUAUGGUUGAUAUCUCAAUGUAAAGGCAAAUAGGUUAAAGUUGAAGAACAUUUUCAGCAUAAACUUUAAUAUUUGUACACACUGUCAAAAAAAAUACUGAAGUUUCUAAAUAACAAUCAGUAAAUUGUUUGUUUUCCUAACUGCAUAAUGGAGGGAUUAAAUAUUAACUCCUAAUAACAUUAUUGAGCUUUGAUAAUUCAUUUUAUUACGAUAGUGAUUACAAACUUGAACUUCCCAACACUGUGCUUUUAUUACUGUGCAAAGUAACUUCACCUAGAGAUCGAGGUUGCUGAUGAGCUGAAAUGAACUCCGAUAGUGCUGAUGAACAAAAACAAUGCCAUUUGGGCAAAAAAGAGAAAAAAAAUCCCCUACAAAAGUGAGCCAUAAAUGAUCUGCCAGCAGAAGAAAAACUAUAUGAAUUUAUUUUUGACAGAUGAAGGGCCUUGCAGCCACUGCACUCCAUGCGGAUUCGUACACGGUACAGCAAAGUACUGGUAAAGAUCAUUAAAAAGUCCUCCUUUUUUUUUACUCUUUUCCUUGAUACUUAGAAUGACCCGAUAAAACAUGGAAAACAGUCAGCCAGCUGUUCUUCCACAGUGGUCAAAGGUACAAGUUGCUCUCACCCAUUGACUCAGAGCGAAGAGGAGAGAUAAAUAGCGGAGGCCGUACAAAAAUAUUGGAUCAUAGCCACUGUUAGCUCUGCCCUCUUACUUCCUUUUUUCCCUCCACUUAUCACCUAGUUCCACUUCCCCUGUGCGUUUCCCUUUUCAUCCUCCAGCUGUGUCAUCACCUCACAUUUGAUAUCUCCCUUAAGCUUUAUUUUUGCUCCAUUUUAAUUAUUGUUAUUACACUCAUUACUGACAUUUUAUUUUGUACUUUUUAAGUUAUACUUGUUUGUCUUUUUUUUAUAAUUGGAUGUUUACUGUAUUAUAAAUAGCUUUCGUGUGUCUAUUUCAUAUCAAUGUUAGUUCCCUGGUGUACUGGGCUUGCGGGUGGUUUUUGUAGAUGUGAGAAGCCUUUGUAGAUCAAACUCGAAGACUGCUCUGAAUAAGUGGUGUGCAUGUUUGGUGUGUAUGUAUGUGACUUUUACGACUUGGUCUGGAUGUGUUGGAGCCAAGGAGGUUUAUCAAGGAGUUCAAGUGUAAGCAUUGCACGACUGCUAACUUCUAUUGACAGAGGUUUUCACACUGAUGGUGGCACCGCUCACCUGUGCCCUUACAUGUAAAAGUUGUAACUCGGGGUAACCAUAGAAACCUCCAGGUGUGUAUGUUGCUGUGUCUCAAUUCGGAAACUUCCAUUAGUACACGUAACAGCUGUUGUGCAUGGCAAAUUGCAAUUGGAUGGAUCAUUUCCACCAACAUAAAAAAAUUGCUGUAAUGUCUCAGAGACGCUCUUGAAAGUAAAUUAGCAAUUACAAAGUCUUGUGAUGCACUAGACAUGUCCCGGGCUUCAAAUUUUGAGCAAAAAAAUGUUUUUGUUUGGUACAGAUCCUCACAAAAAAAUCACAUCAUGCUCAUUUUGAUAUAUAUUUUUCAAUUAAAAUACAAAUAAUGAUGCAAAAAUGGUCAGUCCCUCCAAUGUCUUGAUUGAUCAUAUUUAAAUUGCAAUAUCAGUCAAAUAACCACAAUUAUAUCAAAAGUGUGCAGCCCUAUUCAUGAAUACAGUGUCUGGGUACUCAUAGUGCGCUGCAUUUUGCCACGGGUGAUGCACUCAAAUAGCAAGUUUUAGUACGGAAGAACGUGAAUUUAGACACAGCGUGUGUGUGUAUGUGUGUUAACUUGUCAGCUAAGGUGGUGUGUGUAGCAGUGCUACAUGUCACACGGGGUGUUAAAAGUGUGAAUGACAAGGAAUUUGGAUGGUGUGGCUCUUGGUCAAUAAAAGUCACAUUUUACUACGGUAGGCAUUGAUAGACUAGUGAUAUUGCUGUGAAUACAACUUUAAUAUGUUUUCUUUUGUUUAACGUGUAUUUAAAUGUAUCUUUUUCUUGGUUGCAUAUUGAGUUUUUUCUGUAACUGAGAGCCCCAAGUGUGCACUUUGACAGAAUCCUGUUAAAUGUAGAAUUAUAUGACGAUGAUUUUCUUUUUUUACUGUAUCAGUAAAUGUUCUUUGCUUUCAUGUGACGUAUGGAAGAGACAGUAAAAAGACCUGUCAGCUCCUCCUGUUGGCCGCUACCUGCUAUGGCUCUGAUAGUCAAACAAAAACAACAAGAAGUGCUACAAGAGACCAAUAUCAAGACUGAGUAAGAGAGUUUUGACUUUCCAUUUUAGCUUGGAAAGGUAUGGAUAAAUGAAUGUUUACGUUUGUUACUGCCAAACAAUAUGUAACUUCAUACUACAGAGCAGUGGACCAUCAAAGAUUUUGCUUCUGUCGGUCAGUCACACUGACAAAAACCGGUAGGGGGAUUUUGAGUUUAAACCAUCCUCCAGGCAUUUUCUCAGAAAGAUGAGCUCAGUAUCGUUCCUUCAACAGAAGUGCAGGCUGAAAACAAAACAUCCUCAGGCCUGUCCACAGUCCUUAACAUAGGUAGCAUACUUAGGGGUAACUCAGGAGGCCAACAAGAGGAGGCUGAGGGCCAAGAAUGUGGUAAAGAGUCAGAGGGAGUUAGAUAAAUAGUGAGAGAGAGAGAGAAUUUGAGUGUGUGUGCGUCUGUGAUUUCACUGAGUAUUUACACAUGACGACAUGUUAUGUUGAUUUAUUGAUUUUCAUUACUAGCUAUGUAGAGGCCUUCAUACAUUGCUUUGAUAAGAUUGUUGAUUUUGUGUAUUGACUUUUUUUUUUUUAAAUUUUUGAUUGUUGUGGUGAGUUGUGGGACUGUUUGUUGCUGAGAUAAUUUGACUCCCACAUGCAAACGGCAUGCCUUAAAUCAAACCCCGAGAAGUUGAGUGAUAAAAAUUGAUUUAUGGAUUUUGAUACGAAUGCAGAAAUAAGCCAAAGUGGUUAAGAUUCGAUCCCAAAGGUUACUUUGCUGAAAAAUGCCAAUGGGUAAAUUUUGCUUGCAUGCAAGACGGGAGCUUUAAUGUGUUAAUUGCAGAAUGCUGCCCUAUGUGCCUUUAAUAACAGAAUGAUGAGUGGGGAAUUCAAUUUUGAUAUAAACUUCUCUUAUUGUAUGUAUGAUGUGAUAUUUUAACACUACUUUCUCCUUAAAGGCUCCUUGUCUAACUCCGAGAAAGCUCUGGAUUUUUGUAAACUGCAGUAUGUUGAAAUGUAAUGGAUGACUUGUGUAAGAGAAACAUCAAUAAAGUUUUUCUUUCCAUACCAACA